AUGGCCGGAAAAGAGGGAGCUUCCGUCACUCGACCACCGUUGCUAGAUGGGUCAAAUUAUCCAUACUGGAAGGCACGCAUGAAGGUUUUCAUUAAAUCUCUUGAUGAGAAUACAUGGACAGCCGUAGAAGAAGGAUGGUCUCCUCUAAUCGAAGUUGAUGAAAACAUGAACGAGACAGUGAAAAUAAAGAGUAACUGGAGUUCCGAAGAUAUGCUCAAAGCAAAUGCCAAUGGAAAAGCACUCAAUGCUAUUUUCGGAGGAGUAGAUGAGAACCAGUUCAAGAUGGGAGAAGAUGAGAUGAUAGCCGUGUUCAAUGCCAAAUUAAUGGAUAUAGCAAAUCAAGCCUACCAUCUCGGGAAGGAGUACUCGGAUAAGAAGCUAGUCCGGAAGACUCUUAGAUCGCUUCCAAGAAGAUUUGAUGCUAAAGAAGAGGACAAAGCAGAAGAUGCAGUCAAUACUCACACAUCUUUACCAACUGACAGAGAUUUUAGAAAUUUCAGUGCUUUUGCAAGUCUUGUUACAACAUCAAUUGCAACACCUGGAGAAAUUGUUUGUGAAGAGGUUACUGAAACCGAUCUUCUGCAUGGGUAUGAACUCAUGUUAAAUAAACUUGAUGAAAUGGUCAUACAGAACAAACAACUUGCAAAAGAGUUGAAAGAAUGUCAAGAAAAGCUGAACAUUGCUGAGAAACCCAUAAACAACAUGAACAAAGGAAGAGCCAAGAUUGAGAAGGUACCUUUUCAAACAAGUGUGACACAACAUCAUAUAGAAGAGACAUCAAGAGGCAAGAAAAGCAAAGUUGAAGCAGGCUGUGUUCUAUCAAAUGCUCAAGAAAAUAAACAAGAGAAGUAUAAUAAGAAGAAAAGACAACAUAGAAGACAAGUCCCAAUAUGCUUUCAUUGUGGAAAAAGAGGCCAUAUAAGACCCGAGUGCUACCAACUGAAGGAAGAGGUGAAGAAAGAUAGAAUAUUUGGAAAAGCAAAGAAAUGGAUUCCUACAUGUCAUUACUGUGGUGUCAAAGGGCACAUUCGUCCAAGAUGUUGGAAGAUGAAGAAAGACAUAAAAGGAGGAAAAAGUAUGAAGCAGACACUAUAUACCAGAGAAAAGAAGAAAGAAAGCAAGAAGAUAUGGGUCAAAAAGGAAGAUCUAGUGGGAUACUCUUCAAUAAAAAAAUCCUCAAAAGACAAUUGGUAUUUUGACAGUGGUUGUUCAAGACACAUGACAGGAGACAAAGGCUUCUUGAUGAAUUACAAAGAAUGUCAAAUUGGGCAUGUGACUUUUGGUGAUGGUCAGAAAGGUUAA